ACAUGGUUGACGUUUGCGGAAGCAGGUCGGCGCUCUAGCUUGUUAACUCGAAAACCAAAACAGAGGCUAUGUUUUCGCUUUAAAUCUCCAAGGAAUCAAAAUAUAAUUCAGACAUCACUUCGAAUCUCUGCGGUGGAUUCAUCAGUACAUCUCUGUGUUUGUCAGAAGACUUUGAGGCAGCUAAACUUCGAUAGAGAUGGAGGACCCUGGUGGUACUGGACCAGAGUCUGUGGCUCCAUCCCCAGCAAGUUCAACCAAGUCAAAGCUGGACACAUUGUCGAAAGAUGACCUCAUCAAGUUUGCAAAGAAGCAGAUGGCUGCUAUGCAGAAGAUGAAGAGCAGAUAUGCAGAUUUGGAGAAAGAAGUUGAAUCCCUCAAACAACAACCUAAAAGCAAUAACCUCAGUUCAGAUGACUCUACCCUGAUGCAGGAGCUGACAGAGAGGAUGGAUGCCUUACUACUGGAAAAGGCAGAAACUCAGCAAAGGCUUUCACUGUCCCGUAAGGAUCUAGAGAAGACUAAGCAGCAAGCCAAGGAUGAACUAGCAGCCCUGAAAGAGGAGCUAGACCAUGUUUUAGAAGACCACCAAAAGAAGAUCAAGAUCCUUGAAAGCACUAUUGAAGAAUCCAGCAACAAACACCAAGAGGAAGUGGCUCGCUUCCAGAAUUUACUAAAAGAAAGAGAAGAGAUUGACCGCGAGAGGGAAAGUGAAAGAGAGAGGGAACGCCUGGCCGAACAUACAAAAGAGAAUUUUGAAGAAGUGCGACGUCACUUGGAGGCUCAACUCAAAUCCCUCCGAGCCGAACUGGAGGCAGUCCAGGAGCAAAAAUCACAGGAGAUCGCAGAGGUGCAGGAGAGCUGCCAAAGGGAGUUGACAAAAGCCCAGCAGGAGGUGGAGAAUCUGAAGGAGGAGCUGGCUCAGAAGAGUCUGCAGCAUGAGGAGGAAAUGAGGGCUCUGGAGGAAGACUGUGAAAUGGAGAGAGAGCGUCUCCUGUUGCUCCACGAGGAGCUGACAGAGCAGCUUGCUCUCAAAGACAGCUACCUGCAGGAUGUACAAGAGGAAGAUGAGGAGCCAGCCCGUGGUUCUGGGAUCGCCAAAAUGCUGGAGCUGUCUGCCUGCAGUCAGGGUGACUCAAGCCCCGGUGAUUUAGAGGAGACAGAGAUUGGGAAACUGAAAGUAGCCGUGGAAGACCUUCAAGCCCAAAACACCAUGUUCCAGGAUGAACUCACCCUGCUCAGUAACGUAAAAGGUGAGCUGGAGGCUGAGCUGGAGAGAACUAGAGACGAGUUCCAGUUGGAGAGAGAGGAGCUUGAGUUCAAAAUUGAUGAACUGCAGAUGAGCCGGGACGGUGCUCCCAACGAACAGGCCGUAACCCUGGACCCUGAGACACAAGACACCAGAGGAGAGCUCCAGCAAGUGAGUGAAGUUCACAAAGAUGGGAAGAACCGUCUUGCGUCUGAAUCCAAAGAGUCAUCGAUGUUAGCUGGGGACCAAAAUCUACCAAAUCCAGAGGAGCUCAGAGCUCAGUGUGAGGCUUUGACCACAGAGAGAGACUCUGCCUUGGCUGAGUGUCAACACAUGAGAGAGAUACUGCAAGGCUUUGAGACAGAGCUGGGUAAGAACACACAAGAUUUUGUUCUCCAGUACAAAGCCAUGAAGGAACAAAGUACAAACACUGUGAAGGAACUCCAAACCAAGAUAGAAGAGCUGACCCAGGAAAAGGGUGAGGUGUUAGAGAGGAUGACAGCGGUAACAGAGGAGAGGAACACUCUGGAGAAGAACAUACAAGACCUGAGGCUUAAGCUCGAAGGUUCUGUAGGGGAGGACCAGAAACUUCGGUCCUCUGUCGAGGAACAAACAACUCUAGCCUGUGAGCUGAAGCAGUCUGUAGUGGAACUGACCAGGCAGAACGAGGAGAUCCUCUCCCAGCUGCACAUGAAGGAAAAUGUGACUCAAGAUCUAAAAGAGAUGGUCAACAUGUUGAGCGAGGAGAAGAAUAAAGUGCAAUCUCAGCUUCAGGACAGGGAAGAGGAGAUGAAAUGUCUGAAGGAUGAGAAAACAAAAGAGAUCCAGAGGCAGCUGGAGGAGAAGGAGAGGGAGGCACUGUUGUAUAGAGAGGAGAAAGAGAAAGAGUUGACGUGCCUCAAAAAAGAGAGGGAGGAAGAAGUGCAGCAUUUAAAAGAAGAUAGGGAAAAAGUAGAGCACAGCAUGAAAGAGGAAGUUGAAAGAAGGCAGGAGAAAAUUAGUUCUUUGGAGAUGACGAAUACAGGCCUCUCCACUGAAAACGCUGACCUCCAUAAGAAAUUGGGAGACACUUCUUCUGGGCUUUCCAGGACCCAGGAAACAACAGAGCUUUUGGGCUCCAAACUUGCAGCCCUGGAGGCUCAGCUAGAGCAGGAGAUGUCUGAGAAGCAUGACAGAGAGGCAGACUUGAAGUCACUCGCACAAGAUGCAGAGCAGGCCCGCUCCGCCAUCAGAGCACUGGAGGAAAAACAAGGCGAGGUACUCCACAACACCAGUGAAGAAGCCGAGGAGCUCCGAGCACGCGUUGAGGAGCUGGAAAAGGAGAGGAGCCUGCUGAGGAGUAGUCUCGAGGAGGCUCGAGGAGAGGCUACAGUGGAGGAGGUGCAAAAGGAGCUCCAGGCUCGUAUCACGGAUCUGGAAAAGGAGAGGAACAUGUUGCGAAACAACCUGGAGGAGGUGCUGAGUGACACCAAAGGGCUGCAGAAAGACCUGGAGGAAAUGAAGGUGGCCAAUGAGAAGGUUAGCACGGAGAAUCAGAAACUUCAGGCCCAGAUCUCUCUGAUGAGUCAAGAAGGAGAAGAGAAGGAAGACGGGGGAGUGGACAGAGAGGGGGAUACUUCGGAGAAAGAGAUCACAGAACUCAAAGACCAGCUUACAGAGAAGGAAACUCUCAUAUCUCAGCUGAGGAGUGAAUUGGCCGCCCUCCAGGAGGCUGCUGCUCAAUCUGCUUCCUCGGAUGAAAAUGCAAACAGUGAGCUCACAAAGAAAAUUGCUCUCCUGGAGAAAGGGCACAAAGAGAAGGAUGAGAAGAUGAACAAGAUAAAGGCGGUGGCCAUCAAAGCAAAGAAGGAAAUGGACAUCAGUAAGAAAGAGGUUGAAACCCUCAAGGAGGAAGUGACAUCUUUGAAAGCAGAGAGGAAGAAAGUUAGCAGCUCUAUGAAAGACAUCAUCCAUGGAGCUGAAGGCUACAAGAACCUGCAGAUAGAUUACGACAGUCAGACAGAGCAACUGGAUAAAGAGAGAGAGAAGGCGGAGGCAGCAGAGAGACAGAUUGCCGAGCUGACCAAACGACUCAGCAGUGCUGUCACACAGAAUGAGACUGUGAACAGUGAGAAAGAGGACCUGCGGGCCAGUAUAGAGACUACAAGGAGCAACGUGUGGCAGCUCGAAGCCCAGAACCAGGAGCUGCAGAGACAGUCUGACCGUCUGGAGAAAGACCUAAUCGCUGAGAGAGCUAUGAAAGAGCAGAAGAUCAAGGACUUGUCAUCUGCCACAAAGGAAGUAGAAGAGCUGACAGCACAGCUACGUAAGCAGCAGCAGCAGUCUCAGCAGACUGCCCAGGAGCUGGAGCAGCUACGCAAGGAGGCACAGCAGAGCUCCCUGAUGGACAUGGAGAUGGCGGACUAUGAACGGCUGGUGAAAGAACUCAAUGCCAAACUCGUCUAUCAAGAUGAAUGUACUGAAGAGUUAAAGGCCCAGAUAAACACACUUACCCAGAAGGAGAACACUCUCAAAGAGGAAAUUGAGUCUUUGAAGUCCCAGAUGGACCAGGGGGAGGAGAAGACCUCCAAGAUGAAACAGCUGCUGGUGAAGACCAAAAAGGACCUGGCCGAUUCCAAGAAACAGGAAAACUCCCUCAUGAUACAGCAGGCCUCUCUUAAAGGAGAGCUGGAAGCUAACCAACAGCAGCUAGAAAGCUCAAAGAUCGAGAUGUGUGAGCUGACAGCUGAGCGCCACCGUCUGAGGGAGCAACUGAGGUCUACUUUGGAGCAGCAACAAAGAACCAGCAGCUCCCUGCAGCAAAGGAUCAACAACCUGCAGCAGGAGAGAGACACUGCAAAGGCUGAACUUAUGGCAACAGCUGGGGAGUUUGAGAGUUACAAGGUGCGUGUCCACAAUGUGCUCAAACAGCAGAAGAGCAAAACCACUGCUCUGAAUGAGGGAGACUCCAGCAAACUAGAGAGGGAGCAGUUGUCUUCUCAGGUAGAACAGCUGAGGUCUAAGCUGGCAGAGAGUCAGCAGAGCCUCCUGAGCAGCACAGCAGAUCUGCAGCAGCUCCAGACUGAUCACGACACUCUGCUGGAAAGACACAACAAAAUCCUUCAGGAGACCAUCAGCAAGGAGGCUGAGCUCCGUGAGAGGCUUAUGUCAGUGCAGUCGGAGAACGUUGGCCUGCGGUCAGAUCUGUCCCAGGCUCAGGCCGACCUCUCCUCCCAGGCUGAGGCUCAGCGGCAGUCAUACAGGGAGCAGCUGAGGAAGCUGCAGGACGACCAUCGGGCUACUGUGGAGACCCUGCAGGGCCAGCUGACCCGGGUUGAGGAGCAACUCUUUCAUCUGCAGAGCCAGAGCAGUUUAGGGUCAGUCCAGUCCAGCCGGAAGCCGCUCACAUUAGACCUCCAGCGCAGAAACACCGAUCAGAAUCAGGCCGGUCUGCCUCUUAUGACUCUCGCAGACCUCCAGUCUAUGGCCAGAGAAGAGGGUGAAGGCAUGGAGACCACAGAGACUGAGAGUCCUUCGCCUGCUCUUACACCCCUGCCUUCUCUGGAACAUCUUCUCACGUCCCCGGACCCCAAACAAGAGCCAUUUGUGUGGAAUGUGGAGCCUACCAAAGCAGAGCUAAGUCAAAAGCUGAGCACAGCCACCCGUAGCAUGGAGCACAUGAACAGCCUCCUGCACGAAACUGAGGCCACCAAUGCUGUUCUCAUGGAGCAGAUCACUUUGUUGAAGAGUGAGGUACGUCGUCUGGAGCGAAACCAGGAGAGAGAGAAGAGUGUGGCCAACCUGGAGUAUCUGAAGAAUGUCUUGCUGCAGUUCAUCUUUCUGCAAUGUGGCAGCGAGAGGCAAGCCCUUCUCCCUGUCAUUCAGACAAUGCUGCAGCUCAGUCCAGAAGAGAAAAGCAAACUGGCUGCCAUCGCACAAGGUCAGGAAGAAGGAUCUGUUAACCGGGGCGCAGGCUGGAGCUCCUAUCUUCACAGCUGGUCUGGGAUUAGAUAGACUUAAUAAUCAACCGACCCAACAAACCAGAAACAGUGCUAACAUGUAACAAAGCCUUUUCUUAUGAAAGCCAUUACAAAGCAGUAAUGCUGCAAGUUUGAAAUUGUGUCAGAAGACAAAGAAAGAGAGGACAAAUGGGGCACUUACAAACUUUUGGGCACACAUAAGAAGGGACAAGGAUAAGAGUGAGGAGGGUUUGAAGUAGAGGUGAAACUGAAAUCUUGACAUGAUGACUGAUUUUGAGUUGCAGUGCAAUAGUUACAUUGGUCUCUUAUGAAUGAAAAUUCAACUGUGACACAUGUCUGACUUCCUUACUCUUAAUAUUGAUGCCUGUAUUUAUAACAUAUAUCAGACAUGCGGGUGAUAUGUCCUUGAAGGGGAUUAAAGGCAUUAUAAGGCACUAUUAGCACUAUUUAAAAAUUGUAGCUGAUAUGAUUAAUAAUGUGUAUAUUGUGUAGCAAUGAAAACAAGGUGUAAUGUGUAUGAGGUGCACACAUUCAAAGAGGAGGGAAUAAUCAUGGGGAUAGCAGUGUGGUUAAUGAGAGUACUUGAAAAUGAUUUUCAGAUUAAAUGAGUAUAGCAGAGGCCUACAGAAAAUAACUAUAAACACGUUUCAUUCCUUUACAAACUGUUAUCAAGGGCAUAUGUAAGUGUUUAAGAUUAUCGAGUGUGCUUUGACGACCUUAAAAGUAAGAUUUCCAUGCAACAUGCCAGAGACACCGGAGAUGACUUGAUCUCUGCUUUUAUUUUUAAGCACAGUAGUUAUAAAAAAGCAGCACUAGUAAUGGGCUUCAACAGCUAACCCUCAGGUGUGGCAGUGGCGGCUUCUACGAUGUCAGAUGUACCUGACAAACAUGGCUGAAGUGAUCGUAAAAGAUGAUCUGAUUUUUGAUUGGUUUAGCAGUUGUUCACUAAUACCUCAUGUUCUGAAAUCAGUAGCAGUUAUGCUUUCUUGAAAUUUGACUCAGCAUAUCCUGUAGUGUUGGUUGGUUUGUGUUUUUCUUCUGGUCUUAGUGUAAUUUGUUGUAACUCUUGUACUGAUUGCUAUCUAAUAGCUACUUUCUGAAUGGUUUCUGAUACUGAUUGAUUUUAUGGGUUUUGUGCUGUUGUUUAAUCACUGAACAUGAAAGAUUUGUUGCCAGUCUUGUUAAAGGAGGGCCAUGACAGCAAGUGCACCCAGCCCUGCUGAAGUAUCCUUGGGCGAGACUAUUAACUGGACCCAAUGGUGCUGCUUUUUGCAGUGUCCGACCAUGACCUCUGACCUUUUAGUUGAGGUAAAAGGGAGGGAUGAUUUCACACUGAAAUCCCCCUCCCUGCAAAGCACACAUCCACACAGGUUUCCAUUGCACAAAUACAAGAUUUGCUCUCAUCCCAACAUUGAAUGAAGAUAACUGUUGAUUAUUUUCUCAUUCCAGUGGCAGCUUUCGGUUAUUCCUUCAGCAUAAGUGAAUGUAUUUUUAUCUUAGGCUUUUAUAUUUAUGAUGAGGUCAACAGAGGCUACAAGAGAUUACAGCAGCUAUCACUUUUGACAUGUAUAACAAAGGCUGGGCAUUUACAUUAUGUAAACUACUUCAGAGUGAAACGACUCAUUUCAGAUGAAGAUCUUUGUGGUUAUGUUCAAAUGCUAACCAAAAUAAAGCUGAUAUGUAUGAGAAUU